GUCCAAAGGCUACACUUCCAUAUUCUGCACCAGACACAUUCUUAUUCUUCCCCUUCUCAAGAUCUUGCAGCACUCGAAGCAGAAUCCUGCACAUGAGUGGUCUUCUAACAUCUUCAGAUAACGCCCAUCCUCAAACGAAGAAAUGGCCACCCCUGAUAUAUAUGUCCAGCCUGGGACACCAAAUCCUUUAUUUGAAAAGAUCGUCAACUCCCCCCGACUCAACCCCUCGCCAAAGGAAACACAAGAAUCUUUGAAGCGCUCCUUUGCUAAGUACCUCGCCAGCGACAAUGUGUCACCCCCUGUGGGGAAGCUUUUUGAUCCGACCAAACAUCUCACGUUUGAGGAGCCAACAUAUAUCCACACCAUGGAGGAUAUCGGCUACCCCUCCAGCAACGGCGUUUCUCCUGUCGCUGUCUCCGAACCGUUCCGCCUGUUCAGCGAAGAUGCUGUCAACAUCAUGAGAAGCGAGAUCCUCGACCCCGAAGUUCAAGAGAAAUACAGCUAUACAUCGGACAUCGCUCCCAAGCAAAUUCGCGGCUAUGCACCAAAGCAUGCCAAAUUUAUAUUCGAGGCUUGGAAGCAUCCAGAAACCCUGUCAAUCAUAUCCAAGAUCGCUGGGGUCGAGCUGGUCCCUGUUAUGGAUUAUGAAAUUGGACACAUCAACAUGUCUGUUCCUGGAAAGAAGCAACAAUACGAUAAGGAAGUUUUGAUUUCAGAAGAGGACGAGGAAGCCAUCGUCGGGUGGCACAGAGAUAGUUAUCCUUUCGUCUGCGUGUUAAUGAUGAGCGAUACCACUGGUAUGAUCGGAGGUGAGACAGCUUUGAGAACAGGCACUGGCGAGAUCAAGAAAGUUCGUGGUCCGCAGAAAGGAUGCGCCGUCGUCCUUCAAGGUCGUUAUAUAGACCACCAAGCCCUUCGAGCCUUCGGCGGUCAAGAACGCAUCACCAUGGUCACUUCUUUCAGGCCACGUUCACCCCGUGUUCGGGAUGAUACAGUCCUGAACACUGUCCGUCCAAUUUCAAACCUGUCCGAUUUGUAUGGCCAGGCAGUUGAAUAUCAACUCGAGAACGCAGAGUCUCGCAUAAGGCACAUGCUCAGAAACAUCCGCGAGUCGAUGAAGGCUGGAGCUACGGAUGUUCGGUCCAUCAAGUCUUUCCUCGACUUCGAGAUCAAGACCCUUUCUCAUCUCAAUAAAGAGAUUGUCGAGGAGUCCAUGGUUAAGAAAGGAUGUGUGGGCGAAGCGUGUGUGGAGGCCAACAAACGCAAGAAAAUCGAGUAACUGAAGUGAUGAUGCGAGGGCCAGGCAUCGCCAAGCUUGGAUGCUCACGAAUCUUUUUUGGCGUUGACUCAUGUUAUUUGUCUUGCCAAGUAUGCUUUGGCCUUUCGAGUACUCAUGAACUUUAGAGUUUGCUUUUAACUUUUACUAGUAAUCGCGUUUGGACUUUCUUGCUCUGUUCUGACUUAGCGACUGAGCGGAGAUUUUGCACUUGCGGUCUGAUCAAUUUGAAUUUAACUUGCC